CCAAAGCGAGGGAACAAACUUGAAUCAAUACGUUAGUCCAAACUCUCACUCUCUCUCGCUAUAAAAAUCCCGCUCAACCAUUUCCCUGCUCCCAAAUUUUCUCACUCUACACUCUCUCACUCCUCACUCUCUCACUCAUCUUCAUCACCGCCACAGGAAAAACAAAGAAGAUGAGGGAAAUCCUUCACGUUCAAGGAGGACAAUGCGGUAACCAGAUCGGUUCGAAGUUCUGGGAGGUUGUUUGCGAUGAGCACGGCAUAGAUCCAACCGGAAGAUACGUCGGAAACUCAGAUCUGCAACUCGAGCGCGUGAAUGUCUACUACAACGAAGCAUCGUGUGGAAGGUUUGUUCCACGCGCCAUCCUCAUGGACCUGGAGCCUGGUACUAUGGACAGUGUCCGAACUGGUCCUUACGGUCAGAUCUUCCGUCCUGAUAACUUCGUCUUCGGUCAGUCCGGCGCCGGUAACAAUUGGGCGAAAGGUCACUAUACUGAAGGCGCUGAGCUUAUUGACUCCGUUCUCGAUGUUGUUAGAAAGGAAGCUGAGAAUUGCGACUGUCUUCAAGGGUUUCAGGUGUGUCAUUCGUUAGGUGGAGGAACGGGAUCUGGAAUGGGAACACUGUUGAUAUCGAAGAUUAGAGAGGAGUAUCCUGAUAGGAUGAUGCUUACGUUCUCGGUGUUUCCUUCACCGAAGGUUUCUGACACUGUUGUUGAGCCUUAUAAUGCUACUCUCUCAGUUCAUCAGUUGGUGGAGAAUGCCGAUGAGUGUAUGGUUCUUGAUAAUGAAGCUCUGUAUGAUAUUUGCUUCAGGACUCUCAAGUUGACCACUCCUAGCUUUGGUGAUUUGAACCACUUGAUCUCAGCAACUAUGAGUGGAGUGACUUGCUGUCUUCGUUUCCCGGGUCAACUCAAUUCUGAUCUCCGGAAACUGGCUGUGAAUCUCAUCCCGUUCCCUCGUCUGCAUUUCUUUAUGGUUGGUUUUGCACCUCUCACCUCCCGUGGCUCCCAGCAGUACCGUGCAUUGACUGUUCCAGAGCUCACCCAGCAAAUGUGGGACUCCAAAAACAUGAUGUGUGCUGCUGAUCCCAGGCACGGUCGAUACCUCACCGCAUCUGCCAUGUUCAGGGGUAAAAUGAGCACCAAAGAGGUGGAUGAGCAAAUGAUUAAUGUCCAGAACAAGAACUCUUCGUACUUUGUUGAGUGGAUCCCCAACAAUGUUAAGUCAAGUGUCUGUGACAUUGCUCCUAGAGGUCUCUCCAUGGCUUCUACCUUCAUUGGUAAUUCAACCUCCAUUCAGGAAAUGUUCAGAAGAGUGAGCGAACAAUUUACUGCUAUGUUUAGGAGGAAGGCUUUCUUGCAUUGGUACACUGGUGAAGGCAUGGAUGAAAUGGAGUUCACAGAAGCAGAGAGCAACAUGAACGACCUUGUGUCUGAAUACCAGCAAUACCAGGAUGCCACUGCGGAUGAAGAAUAUGACGAAGAUGAGGAAGAAGAACCAGAGCAUGCAUAUGAAUAAAAGAAAUUACAAGUAUGAUGUGCAAGUGUGUUCAGUAGUACUCUUCUAUCUUUAGUGAAGAUUGCAUUGUAAUUAGUAUGUUGGAGGAAUUCUUGGUAUGAGCCUGAUGUGGAGAGAAUGGAAAUUCCAAUUUGGGAAAUGGAGGUGAGGGUAAUUUGGGUACAUGGUUUAGAGUAGUUCUGCGCCCAUCUGUUUGUUUCUGUAUUUUGGCUUGCAUUGUUGUUUCUUCUAUCUGAUUCUGGAUUAUGUUUCCUUAAUAUUUUUGUCAUUAAUAUGCAUGACUUUUUCACA